CUGGGGCGCAGCUUGAUGGCGUCGGGCUGGCGAGCUGCGGUCCCGCGGGUGGACCCGGGGCGAAGGCCGCCUGUGUGAGAGGGCCAGUGGCCCAAGCUCGCUGCGGACACGGGGAGGGGGAAUCGGGGGCACUAGGCCUCCCUACACUUCGCCAUGAGUUUCCUGAUCGACUCCAGUAUCAUGAUUACCUCCCAGAUACUUUUCUUUGGAUUUGGAUGGCUUUUCUUCAUGCGCCAACUGUUUAAGGACUAUGAAGUACGUCAAUAUGUGGUACAGGUGAUCUUCUCUGUGACUUUCGCAUUUUCGUGCACCAUGUUUGAGCUCAUCAUCUUUGAAAUCUUAAAAGUAUUGAAUAGCAGUUCCCGUUAUUUUCACUGGAAAAUGAACCUGUGCGUAAUCCUUCUGAUCCUGGUGUUCAUGGUGCCUUUUUACAUUGGCUAUUUUAUUGUGAGCAACAUCCGACUAUUGCAUAGGCAGCGACUGCUCUUCUCCUGUCUCCUGUGGUUGACCUUCAUGUACUUCUUCUGGAAACUAGGAGACCCAUUUCCCAUUCUCAGCCCGAAACAUGGGAUUUUGUCCAUAGAACAGCUCAUCAGCCGGGUAGGUGUGAUCGGUGUGACUCUCAUGGCUCUUCUUUCUGGAUUUGGUGCUGUCAACUGCCCAUACACGUACAUGUCCUACUUCCUCAGAAAUGUGACUGAUGCAGAUAUCCUCGCCCUGGAACGGCGACUGCUCCAAACCAUGGACAUGAUCAUCAGCAAAAAGAAAAGGAUGGCAAUGACACGGAGAACUAUGUUCCAGAAGGGGGAGGUGCAUAACAAACCAUCAGGAUUCUGGGGAAUGAUAAAAAGUGUUACCACUUCAGCACCAGGAAGUGAAAAUCUCACUCUUAUCCAACAGGAAGUGGAUGCUUUGGAAGAACUAAGCAGGCAGCUUUUUCUGGAAACAGCUGAUCUGUAUGCUACCAAGGAGAGAAUAGAAUAUUCCAAAACUUUUAAGGGAAAAUACUUCAAUUUUCUGGGUUACUUUUUCUCUAUUUACUGUGUUUGGAAAAUUUUCAUGGCAACGAUUAAUAUCGUUUUUGACCGGGUUGGGAAAACUGAUCCUGUCACAAGAGGCAUUGAGAUCACUGUGAAUUAUCUGGGGAUCCAAUUUGAUGUGAAGUUCUGGUCUCAACACAUUUCCUUCAUUCUGGUUGGAAUCAUCAUCGUUACAUCUAUCCGAGGACUGCUGAUCACUCUUACCAAGUUCUUUUAUGCCAUCUCUAGCAGUAAGUCCUCCAACGUCAUUGUCCUGCUGUUAGCACAGAUAAUGGGCAUGUACUUUGUCUCCUCUGUGCUGCUGAUUCGAAUGAGCAUGCCUCUAGAAUAUCGUACCAUAAUCACCGAAGUCCUGGGGGAACUACAGUUCAACUUCUAUCACCGUUGGUUUGAUGUGAUCUUCCUGGUCAGUGCUCUCUCCAGCAUACUGUUCCUCUAUUUGGCUCACAAACAGGCGCCAGAGAAGCAUAUGGCACCUUGAACUCAUGCCUGUUACAGACUGCUACGGGCCAGUAGCGUCAGAAUUUGGAUUUAAGAGAAAACAAUGGAGGGAACCAGGGCCUAAUAUUUUUUAAACAAUCAAAACACUGAGGUAGCAGAUUCUACCUCCAGCUUAUGCCUUCCUCCUCAGCUGAUACUGUGAUCAUGUAGCAUUAGCUAGAACGUGAGCGUGAAGUAAACUCAAGCUAGCCCUCAGCGGAGCGCAUCCCACAUGGGUUUGAGGCUGAUGCAGCAUGGCGGAAGAGGGGUGGAAAAGAGCCAAGAAACUAGUCUGGGAGAAUACACUGGAGCCCUAGGGUAAGGGGAAGUCUGAGGUAGCUGGGCCAAACACACAGGAUCUCUGUCAAGGCUCACACGGAGGAGGUUCUGGCUUUCCCUUAAGAUUGACAAUCAUUAAAAUCAGAUUGGAACCCUU